GGCAGUUGCAAUCAGAUAUGCAAAUACUAUAUAUAAAUAUCUUUCCGAUCAUAAAGAAAAGCAAAAUGGAUAAUAUGUUAUCAAGUGAGUUACAAUUCAUAAAUUGUUGGUCGGUUCGAAACUAAAUUAUAUCAAACGAAAAUAAGUUCUGAAUAUGUGAGCUCUAAGCUAUUUGACAAGACUUGCAACAAUCUAUAUCCUGUUAGAAGUUUUUAAGAUAUACUUAAAAUCAGACAUUUUUAAAAUAUACUUUAACAAGUGUAUUAAAUCUUCGGCAUACGCUGACAAUAUUUCCUUCCUCUUUUUAAAUUGUAACAAGUCGAAAUGCCAUUUGUUUUAGUGUGUGGACUGCAAACUAGCAGGAAGUGGUUUAUCAUAAUGGAUGAGCCAACACUCUGUAACAUGGGGGACAUCAAGGCCAGCGGAAAAUGUUUGCUGGAGCCGGAACAGUUUGUUUCAAGGCUAAACUCGGAUUCCCGUUGGUUUGAAUGGGUGUGUAUUAAGCGGGCCAAGUUGAAGGUUUGGGAGCUCCAAGCUUAAAUGGUAAGAGUAACGAGUUGAAAAAACGUUGAAAUGGGUGUGAAGUUGAAGAAGGUUGAAUGGGAUCUCCCUAAACUUUCAUGUUAAGCAUUUAACAAGGCGAGUUGAGGGACGUCUUAGCUAAGUUAGGGUUUACUAAAAUCAAUAGGAUGAAAUAGGGUAUUUAUAAGAACUUAAAUACUUGCAUGACAUCAUUUUUUGUUUAAUAAUAAAUUAUUUUGAGUACAACAUAGAUUUUUCCAUAUUCAUAAGCCAAAGAGGAAAUUGCAAGCAACUAACAAUUGUUGAUUCACAAGCAUAGAAAUUACUCACAAGCAUUCGAAAUCAAUUCGAACUUCGAAUAUAUUCCCCUCAUUUGAGUGCUUGCCCUGACAAGCCCGUAGAGCACCAUGUGAAAGAUGCCCCUUAUUCGAAAAUCGCGCUAACCACCCUCCCUUUGACGUUACUUUACGUCUAACGUAAGCGAACGUAACGUAAUACGCUCUGUCGCAAGAGAGCUGCUUUCUGUUUGCUCGCUCUCGCGUUCUCUCUGGCUUAUUCUCUCGCGAAAGGUAACAGAGCCAAAGCCCAGCCGUGACUGUGACUUUUUUGGGGUGGCAAUCGAACUGCGUCCGGCACCGUCAGAGUUUGUGGUGUGAGUGGCUGUGGUUGGUGGUUCAAUUGGUUGGUUGUUGGCAUAAACAAAGCACACACACUCCAUCCACACAUCGCUGACUGUGUGUGUCUGUGUGCACGGGGGGGUGACAUUUGCCCGAGCGAGCGCCGUGUUGCUUCCUAGGAAGCACGAGAGCCGCUGUCGCCGUCGCCGUCGUCGUCGUCGUCGUUGCUGCCCGGCGUAGCUAUUUUAUAAAAGUGACUGCGGCAAGGAUAUUUACAGUCAGUCCACGCAGAACCUUGGAAAAGGCAGCAACAGACGCAAAAGCAGCUCGUAUACGGCAUAUUGUGUUAACGUAUUUUCCAUGCACGUAAAAACCAAAAGCUAAAAUCGCAAAGUUUCCGUUUUGGCGCCAAAUCAGAAAUGUUUUGGUGAAAACUGACAGAAGUGUUAAUUUUCUGAAGACUUCAAUUAAAGUGCUUUGCAAAUAGACAACAAGUGCAAUAAGUGAGAUUUUUCAGUUUUUUGAUAAAUCAAAAAAAAAAAAAAAAAAAACAAGACAAUGGCAAUUGCUUACUUUAUACCCGAUCAGGCGCAACUGUUGGCCAGAAGCAGGCAACAAAGUGCGCAACAAGCUGCAGGCAGCGUCGGCUCCCGUCCAGCGAAUCCCAGGCAGAACGAGUCCCGACAACAGCAGCAGCAUCGGCAGCAACAACAACAACAACGACAACGACAACAUCGCGCCGGCAAUACACAAUUUCGCGCCAACAUAUCGGUGCCGCUGGGACGCGAACAGGGUGCCAUGUCCAUGUCGGAGUUCGGCUGCUGGGAGCUGUUGGCCCAAAUCUUUUGCUAUGCCUUGCGCCUCUACAGCUACAAUCCCGCACAGCGCAGGCCGACGGUCAUUCAAAUCUCGUUUGAGAUCAGCAGCAACACAAGCGAUGCAGAUGCAAAUAUAGAAGAUGCAGAUGGAGUUGGAGAUGUGACUGAUGCGACUGCGAAGCGACGGGAGUAGAUAUUUGAUAAGGAGACGCUAAGACUACACACAACUGACUAUUGUACAGUUAUUUUGGUGGCAGCUCAAUCAAAGCGCAUUGUGAUUUUUUGGGAUUAUGGAGUUUGAAGAUGGUUGAGAGGAGUUUGUAAAGUUGAAAGUGCUAACGAAAUGUAUUUUAUAUUUCUGUAUUUAAACGAUUUUUAAGAAAAUUCAAAAUUUGUCAUCGAUUUGCUGAAAGUGAUAUAAUAUUUUAUUGGUACUUUUUGGUGUCAAAUUUUUGUAGUAAACUCUGCCAGAAGGCAAGGCCGAGAGAGAUAGAAAGAGAGAGAGAGGAAUAGCUGAGCAGUGAGCAUUUUGUAAGCCUAAGUUUCAGAUGUAAAAGGUUUCGGGUUGUAAAAGUUGGUUCAAAUAGGCGUAGCUGCAGGACUCGUUCAUUUACAAAUUUUCAUUUAAAACCAAAAACCUAAAAUAUAGCCAUUUAACUAAUUAGAAUCUGUGUCUACAACUAAACAGUCAAAACAACACUAAACACUAUCAUAUAUACAAAAAAGUACAUAUGCCACACAUAUUACUAAGUAUAUGCAACUAUGUAUGUCAAAUUUUAGCAUUUCUACUAGCGUAAAAUAUAAAUGUACCCCACAUAAAAGUCAAAUACUAAAUUAUGAUAUUCUUACUGAACCAA